AUGGUGAUGUGCUUUGCAUUUGUCUGGUAUCAGGUGAUGGAUACAAGCAAUUGGAGGUUUCAGCUGCAAGCAGCUUCAAGGCGAAGGAUGGUGAACAGGAUAGUGGUUACCUUGAAGAGGCAUCUUCCGUGCUCUGGACAAGAGGGGUUAGAUGAACUUAAUAAAAUAGCAGUGAGAUUUGAAGAGAAGAUUUAUAAUGAUGCAACAAGCCCGGUUGAUUAUUUGCAGAAAAUAUCAUUGAAGAUGCAGAGCAUGGAACAUAGUGAUUGGAGGGCUCAGCUGCAACCAGAUUCACGACAAAGGAUUGUGAACAAAAUACGGGAUACCUUGCAGAGGCAUCUUCCAUUCUCUGGACAUGAGGGGCUAAACGAACUUGUGAAAAUAGCUGUGAGGUUUGAAGAAAAGAUUUAUACUGCUGCAACAAGCCAGUCUGAUUAUUUGCGAAUGAUAUCCUUGAAGAUGUUAAGUAUGGAAAAGCAGAUCAUUACAAAAUCCUAAUAUGCCUGGUAUAGGUGUGGGUCCACAUUUUCAAUGACACGGGGUUUAGCCAAAACACUUAAGACUAAAUGCAGUUGCCAAGCACUUGUGAGUGGCUCCGGGGACAUAAAUUAAAUUGGGCAAUGUGUAAAAUUCGAUUGAUAAUAUAUAUGGAACAAUGGUUAAUAUUUUUUUUUUUUACAAAAUAUUUGGAAAAUAGUUAUAAAGAAUCAUAUCUAAUAAGAAUUGUGGAAAUCCCUCUUAUGUAGGG